UAGACCCAACUAAGAGAAUGGAGAUGUUCUGUGCUAGCAAGAUUCUGUUUUUUAUUCUAGGCAUAUCACCGAUCUUUUUCUCUUCUUCUGUCUGCUUAGAUGAAACAGCAAUGAAUUUGGAAAGUCAAGAGAAAUAUGAAGAUUUUUUUGAGUCCAGAGAAGAUAUCCAAAACCGGAGAAAUGUUGAUUCUGAAGAACUGAAAUUUUGGUUACCAGAUGGAUUCAAUGAAAUCAGCUCUGCUAUACUGAACAAAUAUAGCCAAUUACCUGUACAUCUUGAAAGGCAGUUUCUAGAGGAAAGAGGAGUCAAGCCAGCUGCUAACCUGCCCCAGAGGUUUGGAAGAGGUUCUGAAGACAAAGUAACAAAAAGUGUCCCAAACCUACCUCAACGAUUUGGACGAUAUCUUCCUAGGAAGGCCAAUAUCCAAUCAGCAGCCAACUUGCCCCAGAGGUUUGGAAGAUCGUUAUUUGAUGGCCGUUUCCCACAGUCACCACUACAGUUUGGGAAAGCAACACAACUCCAAAAACAACAAUAUGAAACAAAUCCACAAACUCUAGAAGUGAAAAUGCCCGAGGAAGACACUGAAAGAAUACAGAGCCUGAACUACAAUUUUGAGAGGAAACUACAAAUGUAACUGGGAACAAUUGAUGACCCAUCGCCUGAACUGAAGUCAGAUGAAAGGAUCACUUACCGUUACUUGACAGUAUAUGAGAUAUCAGUUUAUCAUGUUUAGAAUUUACCAUUACCUUAAAAAGAUUGCAGUCUAUAUGCAGAUGCUCAUUGUACAGUGUUGUGAAAUUACAGAAUGCUGUCUGAUAUAUGGAUCAUUUUUAAGGAUAAAUGUUUAGCAAUUAAUUAAGAAGCAAAAUUAGCAAAAAUGAAAAAAGUACUACAAAUUGUA